AUGGGCGCCAACGAUGAUGGCGCGGACUCCCGCGCCGACGCGCUCGCGCGGCUGCGAGGACGUCGCUCUGCCCGCGCGGGCGGCUCCGGUCCCGCUGGCCAGGGCAGCUCGGCCCCCUCGGACACCGGCGCCCCGCCCGACGGCAGCGUUGCGCUGCGGGAGGUGCCCCCGUCCGGGCAGGUGCUCGUGCCGCCGAUGGGCGCGAAGAUCCCGGACGAGAUGCUGCCGGGCGUCGCGCGCGAGAUGGCGGGCGUCAUCGGGCAGAUGCUGGGGGGCGCACCGGCGCCGCAAGCAGAGGAGGGGGGGGGUGUUGACGUGCAGUAUAAAGAGAAGGAGUUCCUUGCGUGGAUGUGCCGCGGGUGCAAGAAGGAGUGCAUCCCGAUCCGCACGGAGUCUCGCUGCCUCUGCGGACACAGGAUGAAGGAGCACGCUCCUCUUGGGUCGUCCGGGGCGUUGUCGUGCAAGAACACCCGCUGCAAGUGCAAGAAGUUUUUCUACAUCGUCGCGGAGGGUUCGUGGGUGCUGCGGUGCCGGUGCAAGCACAAGCACAUCGAGCACGACCCCGUGACGCGCAAGUGCACGAAGGCCGGGUGCAAGACCUGCCCCGAGGGCGGCUUCGACUCGCCCUGGGUGUGCAACUGCAACCACCCCUGGGCGGAGCACGACCAGGUGGUCGUCAAGCGCAAGGUGAUGGUGCUGAACGGCGCGCAGGAGACGGUCGUCGGGGAGGGUCCCGCCGACGAGGUCAACCGCUGGGACCUCAUCAAGCGAGGGGACGCGGACGGGGGGUGA